UGUGUUUCAUACCGGUGAAGGAAAUUGUCCGGGACAACCUGCUACAGAGUUGAGGCUGUUUUAGAAACUUUUGUCAUUUAUUUUUAUAUUUUAUAGCCUUGUUUUAACGAGUUUAUUAAUCUACAUUAAGACGUAAUUAACUGUUUUAGCAGAUGAUCUUUUAAGAUGAAUCCCCAAGCUGAUCCUGCUGAGGACGCACUCCUCCAACAUCCCUGGCUUCCUGUCACCAUCGACGGCGUCCAGCUCCUGUCUAAGCCCUGGUUCGGAGAGACGGCGUACCGUAUCCUGCUGACCGACAUGCAGAGCGUCUGGGAGGAGAAGAUCGAAGCGGCGGCCGUGGAGAAACGAGCGCAGGAGCUGAACCGGCGUCUGCGAGCGUCCGCCGCGGCAUUCUUCUCCCACCUGUGUGAGGUGGCGCAGCCCUGCCUGUCAGGAGGUCAACAAACCGGUGGUGAGGUCCAGAUGUCUGUGAACCGCCAGCAGGAUGGAGACCUGACCCUGAGGCUGAAGAGCGAGCUGGCGGGGCUUCCUUUCUACUGGGAGUUCCGCUGCAGCCCUGCUCCUGUUGCUCUGGUGUGCGCCCACCUGGUGCGCCCCCUGUUGGCCAUGAGCCGCCUGCUGCAGAGCCACGUGGAGCAGCUGGAGGAUCUGCUGUUUAGGAAGGACGAAGAGAUUCAGGACUACCAGGAGAACGGAGCCACGCUCAGCAGAGAGCGCCUGCAGACUGAAGUAUUUGACAAGCAAACCUACAGCGAGGAUUUCAUUCAGAAGUCUCUUCCUCUGCUGUGCUCUCAACCGUCGGACGCAUUUGGCUUCAGCGCCGACCUCCAGCGGCUGUACGGCGCCAUCGUCGCUCACAGAGGCGCACGAAAACGCAAAUGGCCUGAAGAGACCGGCGCCGAACAGAACCAGCCUUCAACAGAAGCAGCCGCCCAAACGUUAACUCCAGCAGAUAUUCGAUCCGUGGAAGACGAGCAAAAGAUGGGCGACGCGAAUCAAACCUCCAGGGAGGAGGAUGAACCAAACGACAGGAGGAACAGCAGCAGCAGAGCGGCACAGACCAAGUCUGCGCUCGUCACGGCCCGCCCUGCGGAGCGACAGGCCUCCAAACCAAAGAAGAAGAAGGUGGGGCUCUUCAGAUGACCCAAACAUCAGAGCGGCUUCCUGUUUUAAAGCUUUAACUGCGGCGGACUGUUUUAGACUCUGAGUUUUAAUGUUUUAGAUUCAAUUGUUGAAGUUUUAAAUCUAAACCCAUUCAGACUGUUUUAAACCUUCAGCUCUAUCAUAGAAUUUCUGUUAAAUAAACUUGGUUUUAAACUUUUAA